AGGCCAACUGCGCUCGCGUCGGAGCGGCGGAGCACACGCGGAAUCGGCGGAGCGAGUGCUGAGUCGGUGCCGCCGCCGGCUCCCCCCUCACCCGGGAGACGCUUCGGGGCCGCGGAGCCUUGUGGGGCCGCCACAAAAUGGAGGCGAACGGGAGCGGCAGCGGGAGCAGCAGCGACUCGGCUCCCGACUGCUGGGACCAGGCGGACAUCGAGCCGGGCAGCGGCGCCGGCCCGGGCUGCGCCCCGCCGGCCGCGGAGGCCGAGGCGCAGCAGGAGCUGCUCGGGGCGGCCUUCAGCCGGCAGCUGAACGUCAACGCCAAGCCCUUCGUGCCCAACGUCCACGCCGCCGAGUUCGUGCCGUCCUUCCUGCGGGGCGGCCCGGCGCCCGGCCUGCCGCCGCCCUCGCCCCCGCCUGGCCUCCCGCCCCCGCCGCCGCUCGGUGCACCUGUAGAGCCUUCUCCAGAGGAGCAGACAGCCUCUUGUGAAGGUUCAAAUGCUGCUGUUAACAUGGAAAUUUCAGAAUCUGUUGUGGAAAAUGGAGAGACAGAAAUGUCCCCGGAAGAGUCAUGGGACCACAAAGAAGAACCAAGUGAAGCAGAGCUAGGAAGUGGUCCCACAGGGGAUGCAGGGCCUUCUGAAGAGAGCGCUCAGGAAAUGAUGGAAGAGGAGGAGGAAAUACCAAAACCGAAAUCUGUUGUAGCACCUCCAGGUGCUCCUAAAAAAGAGCACGUAAAUGUAGUAUUCAUUGGACACGUAGAUGCUGGCAAGUCAACUAUUGGAGGACAAAUAAUGUAUUUGACGGGAAUGGUUGACAAAAGAACACUUGAAAAAUAUGAAAGAGAAGCUAAAGAAAAAAACAGAGAAACAUGGUACCUUUCAUGGGCCUUAGACACAAACCAAGAAGAACGAGACAAAGGUAAAACAGUAGAAGUGGGUCGUGCCUAUUUUGAAACAGAGAAGAAACACUUCACUAUUUUAGAUGCUCCUGGACACAAGAGCUUUGUUCCAAAUAUGAUUGGUGGGGCUUCUCAAGCUGAUCUUGCUGUGCUGGUUAUUUCUGCAAGAAAAGGAGAGUUUGAAACUGGAUUUGAGAAAGGUGGACAAACAAGAGAACAUGCCAUGCUAGCAAAAACAGCAGGUGUAAAGCAUUUAAUAGUUCUUAUUAAUAAAAUGGAUGAUCCAACUGUAAACUGGAGUAAUGAAAGAUAUGAGGAAUGUAAAGAGAAACUGGUGCCAUUUUUGAAGAAAGUUGGCUUCAAUCCCAAAAAGGACAUUCAUUUCAUGCCCUGCUCAGGACUGACUGGAGCAAACCUUAAAGAACAGUCAGAAUUCUGUCCUUGGUAUAUUGGAUUACCAUUUAUUCCAUACCUGGAUAAUUUGCCAAACUUCAACCGUUCAGUUGAUGGACCAAUCAGGCUGCCAAUUGUGGAUAAAUAUAAGGACAUGGGCACUGUGGUCCUUGGGAAGCUGGAGUCAGGCUCUAUUUGCAAAGGACAACAGCUUGUGAUGAUGCCAAACAAGCACAACGUGGAAGUUCUUGGAAUCCUUUCUGAUGAUGUAGAAACUGACUCAGUAGCCCCAGGUGAAAAUCUAAAGAUCAGACUGAAGGGAAUUGAAGAGGAAGAGAUCCUUCCAGGAUUUAUUCUCUGUGAUCUCAACAACCUUUGUCAUUCUGGACGCACGUUUGAUGCCCAGAUAGUGAUAAUUGAGCACAAAUCCAUUAUCUGCCCAGGUUAUAAUGCAGUGCUGCACAUCCACACUUGUAUUGAAGAAGUUGAGAUAACAGCCUUAAUCUGCUUGGUAGACAAAAAAACAGGAGAAAAAAGUAAGACACGGCCCCGUUUUGUGAAACAAGAUCAAGUCUGCAUCGCCCGUUUAAGGACAGCAGGAACGAUCUGCCUUGAGACAUUCAAAGAUUUCCCUCAGAUGGGUCGCUUCACCUUAAGGGAUGAGGGUAAGACCAUUGCAAUCGGAAAAGUUCUGAAACUGGUUCCAGAGAAGGACUAAGCAUUUUUCUCAAUGACCCCGCACAAUACUGUGAGGAAAUCGACUCAGCAAAAGCCUACUUCACACCGCCGUCUUAUUUUCUGCCCAUUGAUAAACUUCUCCCCAUAUUUUGCAAAGACAAAUUUCACAGCAAAGGUCCACAUUAUGUCAGCUUUCUCAUAUUGAGAGCUCUGCUAUGCCACUGUUGAAUUUUCCCAAAAAGAAUUUUUUUUUUCUCCCAAAUUCUGCUUCCUUGGAAAGAUUGGGCAAUAGCUUUGUAAGUGAUGUGGACAUAAUUGCCUAUAAUUAUGAAAAUCUAAAGGAUUUUUAAUGUUUAAUUUCCCCCAGCAAAUAUAAUAAGACCUCUUUUUUCCAGGCAGAUCAUUCAGAGUGUGCGAGUGUGUGUGCACAUGUUACAAAGAUGACUACCAUGUUAAUAAACUAUUCAAUUUGAAAUCUUUUUCGGUAUUGGAAUUGCUUUUGAAUAAUGUUUUUUAUCCAGAUGUAACGCAGUUGCAUUAGCUUUUUAACUUCCCAGUAACCCAGAUAUUUGGUUACUUGGACUUUUCUAAACUCCUCAGCCUCCCCACACACACAGUUUUAAAUGAGGCAAUUGGGCACUCAACCAAGUUUGUAUUCAAAUAAUUAGGUUUGCCCCUUCCCUUUCUUGAAUGCAUUCUGAAAAUUAAAAAACAUUCAUGCAAAUGUGGCACCUUCAUGAGCUUUACAUUUGUUAAUAUCUUCAGCAAAUUUAGGUUGACUUAACAUCAUUAUUAGACACAGUAAGUCCAUUUUGAAGGCUAGAACUACAUAUUGUGUCUUUAUAAAAAUUCAGCAUUAUUAAAUUCUUAACUGCAGAAAAUGCUAACAACCAGUAAAGCAGUGAAAUUUGCAAAAAUAAGAGAAUCUGUGGCAAUAGUGCCUAUUAGUAUUUAUAAGAGCUACAUUUUGUGGGAGAACUGGGCCAAUUAAAAAGUGCCAGUUACAUAAAUUACUCAGUUCACCCUGUCUUUAAUUUAGAGGGCUGGAUAAUCCUUGCUGUUUUAAAGAUCAGUCUGAACUGAGAGGGAGAAAGACUAUUUAAAUUCCUAAGAGUUUGCACAUACUGAAAUAUGGGAGGGUCAGAAUCAAGCACAGUCUGUAAAUUUUUGCAUAUCAAAAAGCAGUGUAAGCUUAUGAGGACCAGUGAAGUUUUUCUUGAGAAAUUAAAGCAAAACUGGUUCAAAGUAAAGCUUACUCAGUACAACUUGAAGGAGCUGCAUAAUAAAACCCUAUUUAGCUGCACUUUGAAAAUGGACUGUCUGCAAUUGCUGUCCUGAUUCUAACAAUUAGGAUGAAGGCUAAGGGAUUUUUUUCAUUUCCCAGAGUAUUAGUAGUAAUUAUUAAAAGGUAUCUUCCGAGCUUCUUCAGAAUAUCUUAAACUGAACAUUCUCAGCUGCAAAAUCGGUGAGCCCAUCUUCUCCCCCAAAAGUUUACAGUCUAGUGACUGUAUCUGAAUUGACAGAUAACUCAAAACUGAAACAGAUUUACCUUUUUUGGGAUUAUUUUUUGUUUGUUUUGUUUGUUUCUUUGUAACUGUGGAACUCCCAUUCAUUUCACUUACAGCUACAUUGUAUGGACAGAAGAAGUUAUUGUCCUUCAGUUUCAUAUGACUACACUUGUAGCUACCGUAAUGCAUGGAAUUUAAAUAAAUUUUAUUAUGUCUGCAAA